UUUUAUACUACGAUAUAUUGUGGUAAUAAAUGAGGUUUCUUUCAUUACUGCUAUCGCAUAUGUGAUCGUUUUUUUUACUACGCGUACAAUUUUCCAGAGACCUCCCUCCGCUCAAAUUUGUGUGUUAUAAAUAGAAAGCAUGAAUCACAUUUUAGAAUGAAUUCGGCCAAAAACGUAAAAUUGCCUUAUAUUUUAACACGUCUGUAUGAUGCACAAAUGAGAAAAAGAAAAAAAACGUAAGAAUUUGUAGUUCAAUGUGACGAUUCAUGUAUUUCAUAAACAUCCGCUGUGGAACGGUAAACAUAUUGAGUCUCAUUUGUGCACAUGUAUGCAACAGCGACAAGGGAUAGAUGUCAAUGAACACCGAUUUAUUCAAAACUGAGGAUCGUUCAGAACUUAUCUAAAAAUAAAUAAUCAAGAGACGGACGAAAACAUCUUGACUUACUCAGCUCGUUUUGGAGCGCUCUGUAUAAGGUUAUGGUUUUGUGAUGCGAUGACGUUUACCGCUAUUCAAUAUCUUACAGAGACCAUCGCGUGUAUGCACACAGCAGCCAAUGCAUUGGUAUUUGCGUGUGCGUUAUUUGAAUCAGUUCAUUGCGUUUUAGUCACGGGCGUCUCACUCACAAGCCGGUAUUGUGCGUGCAUCAACAAAACAUAUUUUUGUGUGACUAAAUUGUGUGUUUUUGUUCUUUGUUGUGGUCAGAUUCGAUUUUAGUCGAAAAAAUCAUAGUGAAAUAAGUUUAAAAAAAAAAAAUCAAGAAAGAAAUUGACGACCGUCUGUACUUCGAGGCAAUUUCAUUGUGCAACAAAACCGAUUUCAUCAUUCACAAAAAUCAAACAAAAAUAGUGAAAAUCACAGCGAUAAAAUGCCAACAAUAAUUGGAAUGCCAACACAACGAUCGGCAAGAAUUGCACGACAAAACAUCAUGGAAGAUGGUGGUGGUGGAAUCAAAAUUUGCUGUUGUCGCUUGUUCACUUGUGUCAAUUUGAACUUUUUGUCAACGAAUCAUGGCCUGAUGAAAAUUAGCGAAGUGAUUUUGGGAUCGUGUUGUCAAACAUUGUUGGUUCGAUUUGGAUUGGAAUCGGCUGCGGAUAUUGGACAAGCGUUCAACACAUUCCUGACCACGGUUUCAUCGUGCCUGCUGACCUCAUCACUUUUGCUAUUCUGCUACCUUAUUUCCACUCGCACAUUCAAUCUGGUUCGACAGUCACUGUUUGAAAUCUUCUACAAUCUCUGUGCCUGCUUCAUGUACUUCAGUGCUUCGUUUUACAUGGGAUUCACCACUUCGUUUUGGCUAUACCCCAAAUUCGAGUUGCAACGUGCCUACAUGGCAUAUCCGGCGAUGACAGCAGUAUAUUACAUUGGUUUCAUGCUGGGUAUAAUCCAUGGCAUCGACUGCUAUUUGGCGUAUAAAUUUUACAAAGGCUGUUUGUAAAUCAAUCGCUCUGCUCACUUACCAGACAGAUGACAAAACGUCCGCAGACGCUCAAAGCAAAAACUUUAUUUAGAUUUAUGUCGAAAAGAAAAAUCUUUCAUUUUAAUCGGUUUCAUUUUCGUAUAAUUUAUUUACGAUUGUUUUUAAGUUUUAUCAAUUUUUAUGUAUUUUUUUUUUAAAUAGUUAAGUAUGAUUUCAAAAAUAAAUAGCAAAAAGUCCAAUUUUCCAAACGGGAUACUUUGAAA